AUGUCUCGGCAACUUGGUAACGGUGAUGAUAAAGUUGAAGAAAUAAAUUUCAGACUCAGACGAGCACUUGCAGAACGAGUCAUGAGAGAACAAGAAUUAAUGCAAAAAAUUGAGCACCUGCAAUCAGACCUCUGCUGGCGAUCUGAUGAGUUUCUAAACUUGAAAAUAGAUGAGAUUUUGAGUACUCACUUUUUAAGGCCGGAGGAUAUUAUGAAACUUUCUCAAGACAGCGUUUUGGCUGCUGUAAAAAAUGAGAUGAAAACCAAGCAAAGUCCAUACGUUUCAGGGAAAGAAAAAUCAUGCACAAAUAAUCAAACUUCGGAGAAUUUAUUUCCGCAAUACACCCCCCACUCAAUAGUGGAAAUAAAAGAUGAAAAAAGGAACAACCUGAACGCAACACCAGAGCAGAUAAGUGGGCAGAGUCGUUUGUUGAGAGAUUUAACAAUUGAUGAGCCAAUGGAAGAGGAAGAAACAUAUUGCAAUCCCAAAACGAACUCAGAUUCAACGAAUUAUGAAAAUACAUCAAAUAAAAUAAUGACCAACAAAAAUUCUUUAGAGGACAAUCAUUCAAAAGUAAGUUUUGCUAAUGAUGAAGAAAAGAAAAAAAGCAUUUGGGAACUGGUAGAAUUCUUUGAGGUGGAUAAAUCUAAACAACACAACGAUGGUUUUGACAGACAGACAAAGAAUCGUUACAAAUUGGAGACUGAUGAAAAUGACCAAAAACUAUUAAAUGAGAAUGUUCGUGAGGAAGGUGAAACAUUGGAUAGUUCGGUCAAUUCAUCAUCUAUUAUCCAUGGGCAAGAUACGAAAAGCAGAACAUUGCAAGGAAAAGUUGAUGUUGAUAGAACUAACAUAUUAACUGAAGCUGAUGAACAUCGUCAAAUUCCACUCAAUAAAUUGACGAAUAACAGUCGAACAUUUGAAAAAACAUAUAAACAGGUGGAAAUUUUCACAACUGAUUCAGUUGAACUUCAUAAGCAGCAUUCUGAGACUGUUACAUGUGAGAACCAUUUGAAAAAGAGCGGAAUGUUCAAAGCAUUUCCUGCACUGUUGGAGGAGCCUCCUGAGUCUGUGAGGAUCGAAAUUCCGAUCAUUGAACCAGUGAGAGGAGCUCAAACUAGUGACAAUAUUGAGAAAGAGAAUGAUGUCAAUAAAACAGAAAAUUCCACGCCACUGAAUAAUAAGAACUGCUGUGAGGAGCUGACAAGAAAGAAACCGUACAAUCAUAACAUAAAAAAUAUUCUCAGGUUCAAUUUGGAGCAAUCAAAGGAGGAUGAUUUUGAAUGUAUUUUGUUGGAGGAAUUCAUUCUCAAACUGAAUGGACUGGUAAAAACUGUGGAGGGAUGUCUUAAACUACAAAAAAAAAUUCAAGUGCAUCUGUUACAAACUAUUCGAAAUUUUGAUGUGAUCAAUAUGAGCACUGAUAGACCAGAAACAACAAAAAACCGUCCAAUUUUAGAAACAAAAAAAAGUCUUCAGAAUCCUUUAGGCGAUGAUUUCAAAUCAAAUUGUGUCAACUCUACGACCCGCACUCCUCACUUACAUAAAUCACCUGAAAAUGCACAACCUUUGGAUGGAGAAAAUAAUGAAGUUCACACACAACAUCACACUGCGGAAAACAAAAACAAUGAAAAACACUUGAAUGAUAAAAGAGACAUUAGCAAUAAAAGAAAUGUUAAUGACACGACAGACAUAAACAAUGAAAGCAAUAUUGAUGCUACAAGAGACGUUAACGAUAAAAAAGACGUUGCUGAUGACAGGAAUGUUACUGAAGGAGGAAAUGUUAACAAAACAAGAGACAUCAACAAUAAAGGAGAUGGUGUAGUAGCAGGAAUACAGGAUUUAAAUUCAAAGAACUAUCAAUAUGAGAUUUUGAGACAAAAAGUUGACAAUUUAUGGAAGUAUUUAAAAAUAAUUGAGGCGAAUUUAAAGUAUCAAGAUGCAAUAUUUUACUAUCUUGAAGCUUGUGUUCAAAAAAAGAUAGUUCACGCUAGUUUAACUAAAGGAUUAGACAAUGAUUUCCUUCCCGAGGAAGCUCAAAGAGAAACAUCCCAAACAUCGAAAUUAGAGGAGCGAUUCAAGCAAAAAAAACAGGAUAUCUUGCCUGUCAUAUUGAGCCAGGAUAAUGAAAGUUUUCUGAGAUGGAUUCAAAAGGUGAAGACAAAUAAAACCUGUUUAGAUGGAGAUUUUGGCGAUGAGGUAGUGGAAAAAUUUGGCAGCAUAUUCCGAAACCUGACGACAACUAGCUUAAGAGACAAUGAAAGUAAGUUCAAAAACUUUAACUCCGACUAUCCUAAACGAGGUAAAAUUCCAUCUAAACCUGACGAAGUGUUGGAUGACAAUAGAAAAUACAAAGACACCCAAGAAAAAUGUCCAGAGGAGUUGGUCACCAAUAAAGAUUUUCUGGAGAGUAAGAAGACAAUUAGAGCACCUUCAGGCACAAUCCUGAAAAUGAUACAUAAAAUGGAAAAAGACAUUGAUGUGCUAGAGACAUGGAUGGCCAACAUUGACAUAGAACAGAAAGAGGAGACAAUUUUCGGCUUAUUGAAGAAAAUAUUGAUAAAUAGACAGCGUCUAUUGAAAUAUUUAGCUACCUGCGAGUCAAAGAACGAAAAUUGA